UUCAGCUUUUUCGGAAAGCUCUAUUUUUGACAAAAAUGCCCCCAUUAAAAUCUAAUAAUUACAUAGCUUGCCCCUUUAUAAACCUAAAAAAUCUGGUUGAGCCAAGAACCCUAGCCGUCAGAGUUCUUUCCGUAAGAGAAGGUAUUUUUUUUUUAAUUUUUGUAUGCAUUCCUUGAACAACAUUUUAGAAUAAAAAAAAUUUAAUCCUUCUCUGCACCUUUCAAAAUCAAUGUGUUGUUUUUUUUUUUUUUAAUCAUCACCUCGCGGCCCGUCCUCCUCGAUUAUGGACCACGAAGAACCACCCCUGGACCACGGCAUCGCGGUCCAGGCUGUAGCCGCGACACCGUGGACCGCAGCAUUGCGGUCCACGAUGCCUCCUCUCUCGCGGUCCACGGGUGAGACAGAGGGAGGAUCUCUCUCUGUUACAGAGAGAUCCUCGGUCCAUGCUCAAGCCGCGACACCGUGGACCGCACCACCACGGUCCACGGUGCCUCCCCUUACAGAGAGAGAGGAUCUCUCUCUGUUACAGAGAGAGAGGAUCUCUCUGUAACAGAGAGAGAGGAUCUCUCUCUAUAACACAGAGAGAUCCUCUCUCUGUACGCUUAAUGAUCUCGCGGUCCACGGUGGACCGCGAGAUCCUCCCUCUGUUGCAGGGAGGGAGUUCUGGUGGACGGCGAGCUCUUUUCCCUCUCUGUUACAGAGGGAGAGAGAGAGAGAACAGAGAGAGAAAUCUCUGUUACAGAGAGAGAUUUCCCUCUAUGGUUCGGGUGGACCAAAUUUUUCCUCUCUCUUCGGGUGGACCAAGUUUUUCCUCUCUCUGUUACAGAGAGAAAGAUAGAUUUGUAUUUAGAAUUUUAAUGGAGUUUGGUAAUAUUAUUGUUGCCUUCUAACUUAUGAUUGGAUCAUUUUCUGUCAGGUACUAUCACCUAGUGGCUCAGAAAUUUGCAAUCUCCAUUGCACUUUGAAGCUUUAAGAAAAGAACAAAUGUCUAAGAAGAGCCAACAUACCCUUGCUGGUCCAUCAACCCAAGAUGAGAAGAAGAGGAAGGCCAUUUGGAAUGAAAAAUUGAUAGAGGAGUUUAUCGAUAUAUGUAUUGGUGAAGUUGAAGCUGGUAAUCGCCCAGGAACACAUUUCAAUAGGUUAGGGUGGGCCAAUAUAAUUAAGAAAUUCAAUGAGAAGACUGGAAAUCAAUAUGACUACAAAAAAUUUAAAAAUAAGUGGGAUAACCUGAAAGCAAAUUAGAGCAUUUGGAUGAAAUUGGUGGGAAAGGAAACAGGACUUGGAUGGGAUCCUGUUAGAAAUACAAUAGAUGCACCAGAUGCAUGGUGGGAAAAAAAAUUGCAGGAGAUUCCUGAUGCAGCUAAGUUUCGAGAACGUGGUCUACAACAUGCCAUAAAAUUGGAUAGGUUAUUUAGAGGUACUAGUGCCACUGGGGAGGGGGCCUGGGCACCAGCUUUACUGGUGCAGGAGGAUGUUGAGGACACAAUUGAAGUAUAUGAGAGGUUGGAUGGGGUUAAUAAUGAUACAUUUGAGGGCUUAGGUGACUCAGAUGAGGACCAUCAUAUGAUUGAGUAUAAAAUUGAUGAUGUUCCCACUGAUAAUUUUAAUGUUAACCUUACUCUUGCAUCUGAUGCUAUCCAAGAGAGAGGAAAGAAAAGAGUUAGCUCUACUUUGCAUGAUAAGAAAUGCAAGAAGGUUGGGGGUGCUGCACAACUAUCUCAGCAAUUGAGUCGUCUUAUUGAUGCAGUGGAGAAGAAAAGUACAGUGCCAUCCAAGAUGAUUGAUAAACCUGGACGUAGUAUCGAUGAGGUGAUGGACGUAGUGCAUAUGAUGUCUGAGAUGGUAGCACAACCUGAACUGCUUUUGAUUGCUGCUGAGGUGCUCCUUAAAAGAGAACAUCGAGAGAUGUUUAUGGCACUCCGAGAUACCAAUCUUCGAAUUGAAUGGCUCAAGCGAAUGUCAAACUUACAUAAGUAGUUGUUGACGUACUAUUAUGGCAAUAUGUUUUGUAGUUUUAAUUAUGAACUUCUAUUAUAGAAUGAUGAUGGACUAUAUGUAUUUGUGGUAUCUCUUGGAUAAUGUAUCGUGGAUGCUAUUGAUUUUAUGGAUAUUAUAGAUGUUAUGAUUUUGUGAUAUUAUAUGUAUUUGCAUUAUAUGUUUAUAUAUCAUUUGUUUUAUUUGCUACAGAUGUUUUAUUUUUUGCAUAAUAUGUUUUCUACAGGUAUGGGCAGCAUUGACAAUAGUUCUGAGGAGAAUUAUUCCAGUGAAGAUGAGAUAGUUGAUGAUGAUAAUUAUAAUAUUCUACUAACUGCAACUGUUGGUAUGGUUACUGAAUAUUACACAAAAUAUAUUGAAAAGGAGCCUUGUAGGACCUCUUAUCAAACCGGAUACAAGUUUGUAUCAGAAAUUUUACAUGGCAAUCCAUAUAGAUGCCAACAACAAUUUCAAAUGGAAAAACAUGUAUUUAUUAAUCUGUGCAUGGAAUUGAAAAUCAAAUAUGGUUUAAAGGCUUCUAGAUAUAUUCCUGUUGAGGAGCUGGUGUCUAUGUUUUUGAUGAUUCUAGGACAUGGGUUUGGGAAUAGGAUGGUUCAAGAAAGAUUUCAACAUUCCGGAGAAACAGUUAGUAGAUAUUUCACCCAUGUUUUAAAUGCUGUUUUAAGGAUGUCCAAGGAUAUUAUUAGCCCGCUGGAUAAAGAGUUCAAAAAUAUUCCAAGUAAAAUCCGCGAUGAUCAUCGUUGGUGGCCUUAUUUUAAGGACUGCAUUGGAGCAAUUGAUGGCACCCAUAUACCAGUGAAAAUUUCUCCAUCCAAACAAGUACCAUAUAUUGGCCGAAAAGGGAUUCCUACACAAAAUGUUAUGGCUUGUUGUGAUUUUGAUAUGCGUUUCACUUUUGUUUGUGCUGGAUGGGAAGGUACUGCUCAUGAUACUCGUAUUUUUUUAGAUGCUAUACACAAAAAAGAGCUCCAAUUUCCACACCCACCUAGAGGUAAAUAUUAUUUGGUGGAUGCAGGAUAUCCUCACAUGUUGGGAUAUAUGGGGCCUUACAAAGGGGAGAGGUAUCAUUUACCAGAUUUUCGACGUGGAAGUCAACCAAAGGGUAUGCAUGAAAUCUUUAAUCAUGCACAUUCCUCCCUGAGAUGCACUAUUGAGAGGACAUUCGGAUGCUGGAAAAGUAGAUGGAGAAUGUUGAGUACCAUGCCCAACUUUUCUUAUCAUAAACAAGUCCAAAUUGUGGUGGCUUCCAUGGCUAUUCAUAAUUUUAUUAGAAAUCAUGCAAUCAAAGAUUUGGAGUUUCAGCCUUAUGAUGAUAAUGAGGAUCUACUCCCUUCUGAUUGUUUAGAGAUUAAUGAACCACAGGAAGAACUGAGUGCAGAGCAAAGCCAAAUAUUGGGUAACCGUAAGAUGGAUAUUCUGCGUGAUCAUAUUGCUUCUCAACUUAUAGCUCGUUGACUUCUGAGUGCAGUGCAAUUCCACAUGUUGUUUUAUUUUGUAUUUGACCAAACAUGAAUGUUCGUUGUAUUUUUGUUGCUACUACGUCAACAAUGUAAAAAAGUAUGAACAAGAUAAAGUUAGAGAGGAUGGAUAUUAACUAUGUGCAAUCCUUGAUUAACUAUGUGCUAAGAUAUAUGUAUACCAUGCUAGAUUAAUUGUGUCCAAUCCUUAAUUGUGUGUUAGAAAGGCUAAACUGUGUGCCAGGCUAUAUGAAGUAUAUUCCAAGCCUUAUUAAAGUAUGCACGUAGAAUAUGCUAAAUAAUUUUUCAUCUAUGUGAUUCUCGUCUAAACAUCUAGUAAUCAUUUAAUCAAUUUUAUCACCUAACUAGAAAAAUUGUUAGAGAGAUACCAUAAUACGUUAUCACCUACUAUAAAUAUAAUAUUAUAAUACGUUAUAUCAUAAUACAUUAAUAUGUUAUGUUAAAUAAUUUAAUAUUAUGUUAUAUUAUGAAAAAUUAAUUUAUACUAAUAAUUAUAAUAUUUUAUACCUUUAUUAUUGUAUUAUACUAUAAAUAUUAUAUUAUAUUAUAUUACAUUAUAAUACAUUAAUAUGUUAUUUUAAAUAAUUUAAUAUUAUGUUAUAUUAUGAAAAAUUAAUUUAUACU